GUGAUGGGCUGGGGAGAAGGCUGUAGAGGGCGGAAACGUCGGAGUCUUAUCUCAAAACUGUUAUAAUAACCCAAGCCUCUCUUCGUCCCUCCAAACAGAACAACAACUAUUUUCCUCCACUCGUACACCACCCCUAUCCAGUCAGGAAAAGCCAACACAACCUUUGCCUAUCGACCACUAUUUUAAGGAUCCCCCACCCAAAUAGCCACUUGUCUCUCCUCUUUCUCCUCUUAAAGGCAAUUCCGGCAAAACCCAUCAGCCAUCCGGCAUUCCCGAGGUGAAAAUGGCGCAGAUUUUGGCACCCUCUACCCAAUGGCAGAUGAGAAUUACCAAGAACCCCGCAAAUGCAAGCCCCUUGACAGCAAAGAUGUGGAGUUCUCUGUUAUUGAAACAGAACAAGAAAGGGUCAUAUAAAAGCUCAGCUAAGUUUCAGGUUUUUGCUCUGAAGUCUGAUAACAGCACUAUCAACAGGCUAGAAAAUCUACUAGAUUUGGACGUCACCCCGUAUACUGACAAAAUCAUUGCUGAGUACAUUUGGAUUGGAGGAUCCGGGAUUGAUCUGCGUAGCAAGUCAAGGACAAUAGCCAAGCCUGUUGAACAUCCAUCUGAGCUCCCCAAGUGGAAUUAUGAUGGAUCAAGUACUGGUCAAGCACCGGGUGAAGAUAGUGAAGUAAUUCUAUACCCUCAAGCAAUUUUUAAGGACCCUUUUCGUGGUGGUAACAAUAUCUUGGUAAUUUGUGAUACAUACACGCCAGCAGGCGAGCCUAUCCCAACAAACAAACGCCACAAGGCUGCUGAGAUCUUCAGUAGCAAGAAGGUUGCAGGUGAAGUUCCAUGGUAUGGGAUUGAGCAAGAGUACACCUUACUUCAAACAAACGUGAAAUGGCCAUUAGGUUGGCCUGUUGGAGGCUAUCCUGGUCCUCAGGGUCCUUACUACUGUGCUGCAGGGGCAGACAAGUCAUUUGGCCGUGACAUAUCAGAUGCUCAUUACAAAGCUUGCUUAUAUGCCGGAAUUAACAUCAGUGGGACCAAUGGAGAGGUUAUGCCUGGCCAGUGGGAGUAUCAAGUAGGGCCUAGCGUGGGAAUUGAAGCUGGUGAUCAUGUUUGGUGUUCAAGAUACAUUCUUGAGAGAAUCACUGAACAGGCUGGUGUUGUUCUCUCACUUGAUCCAAAACCAAUAGAGGGCGAUUGGAAUGGUGCAGGAUGCCACACCAAUUACAGUACAAAGAGCAUGAGAGAGGAUGGAGGCUUUGAAGUUAUAAAGAAGGCAAUUUUGAAUCUGUCACUUCGCCACAAAGAGCAUAUCAGUGCCUACGGAGAAGGAAAUGAGAGAAGGUUAACGGGAAAGCAUGAAACAGCCAGCAUUAACACAUUUUCUUGGGGAGUGGCUAAUCGUGGUUGCUCGAUCCGUGUUGGACGUGAAACUGAGCAGAAAGGCAAAGGGUACUUGGAAGAUCGGCGUCCAGCUUCAAACAUGGACCCUUACAUUGUGACCUCACUACUGGCAGAAACUACAAUAUUAUGGGAGCCAACACUGGAGGCUGAAGCUCUGGCUGCUCAGAAGCUGGCAUUGAAUAUUUAAAGUGGAUUGGUUCAACAUUACCCUGAAGGCAUUCAGAAGGAAAUCACUGGAAAUUAGUUAGCAGGAAGCUUUUUGCCUUCUAGACUUGUUAGAGCAGAGAUCUGUUGUAAAUAAGGGGUCUCGAAGUGAGUACUAAUCUUUCAUGCCCAAGCUUGUAGAAUAGUUUCUCAGAUGGAAGACGUCCUGCCCACCAGAAUUUCAUCAUGAACACAUUUGACAGCUUUUGUGCAUUUUACUUCGGAUUUGUGCAUGCACCUUAAAUGUUCUCAACCUCAGUUCUUCAAUAAUGACAUUUUAUGGCCAUUUUACUCUA